AUGAUAAUCAAAAAGGCGACUAAUUACAAUAUGAAGCCACAAAUAUUAGCAAAGUUCCCAGAGAGGCUCUUCUGAGCUAGCUCGACCACCUCUGAUCAUACGAGUUCAGGCAGAAAGCGAAAGGCAAAACAGAGCUUUGAUAAGCAAUCAGAUAACUGGAGCUUGCACAGUAAACCUACAAUUGACUCGAUAGACCCUGCUGGAACGAGAAAGAGAAGAGAAUAUAAAAAUCAAAGCAAGUUUUUGGAAGAGUUGGAGCAUCUAAUCCACAAGCCUGACUUAAGCAGGGAGUUCAUCAUCGAGAAAGUGAAGCCUCAAAGUAAUACAGUAUUAUGUCACCACAAUUCGAGUGAAGAAGAGAAAAGUGCCCACAUUGACAGAGACUUCUCCAAAGUUCAAGAAAUGGCAUGUUACUACCCAACUGAGGAAGAAUUCAGGCAGCCAAUCAUCUACUUCGAGAAGUUGUUCAAGGAGGGCGCUUGGAAACAUGGGUGUAUAAAGAUAAUCCCACCUAGUUCUUUCAAGCCACCGUUUAGUUUUAACUCUAAAUCUCAUCAAAAGAUGCCAUUUAGAAGUCAGACAGUCCAAAAUUUAUCCAAAGGCAAAGAGUUUACGUACAAUAAAGAAGGAGAGACAUAUGAAGACUUCAAAACCAAAUCUCAGGCCCUUGAAGAAAAAUAUUUUAUAAGCCUCCAAAAUUUGUCUGAGAAAGAAAGAAAUAUGGAAAUUCAGAAAGAUUACUGGAACCUAGUUGAAAACCAUUCAAGCAAGCUUUUUGACCAAGCUGAGCCCUCAGGUGAUAUUAUCAAGUAUGAAGACGGUCAGAAAGUAUUCAGAUUCAAUUAUGCAGCUGAUCUGCCUGUAAAUAAAUACGGAAGUGGGUUCCCAACUCCUGAGCAAGACGAAGAGUAUGGAAAACACCCCUUCAAUUUCAUGAAUAUCAACGACCAAGAGAAGUCCCUCCUAGCUUUUUGCAAAGGGAAAGAUAUUUCUGGCAUCAAUGUACCCUGGUUUUACAUUGGCAUGCUCUAUUCUUCAUUUUGCUGGCAUUAUGAGGAUUUAAUGAUGUACUCACUUAAUUAUAUGCAUCAAGGAGCCGGAAAAAUAUGGUACUCUAUCUCUCCUCAACACAGAGAGAAGUUCGAAAAAGUCGCUCAUAAAAAGUUUAAAGAACUACUUAAAGAAGAUCCCAAUUUCCUACUGAACAUCAACUCCAUGAUUUCUCCAGACUAUUUAACUAAGAAUGGUGUCCCUGUUACAUACACUCAUCAGAAGCCCGGAGAAUUUAUCCUCACUUUCCCAUCCAGCUAUCACGCUGGGUUUUCCCUAGGUUUCAACGCUGCUGAGGCGGUGAACUUUGCAUCUCCAACAUGGCUGCCUUACGCAGAGAAAGCAAUGAAGAUCUACUUCAAAUCUCGGGAAAAAGUUCCAGUCAUCCCAAUGCAAUGGCUGAUUCUUGAGACAGACUACAAGUUGCCAAAGUACGUCUCAAAAGAGGUCCGGUAUGAACUCUCUGCUCGAAGGAAGAUCAGGAAGGAAUACGAGAAACAUUUCAUCGAUCCUGAUGAAUCUGAGAUCCCAAUUUGCUCCUCAACCCAAGACGAUGAGACUAAAUAUGAAUGAAAUUUCUGAAUUAAUCUUUGUUAUGCCACCUUCUUGAAGUGAAACAGUUGUAACAAAAACUAUUGAAUUUCCCAUGGUCUAAGUUGAGGUUGCCCAGUAGAAUACAUAAAAAUGCAUUACAGAUACACUGAUCAAGAGCUGAAACUCAAAGAGAAAAAAUCCAAAGCGAUUGGUGAGAAACAAUAGGACACAUUUUUAAAUCAAUAUUGAAUACUAGGAAA